AUGUAUGGCUAUGUCCUUUUAAGGAAAGACAGGCCAACAAGGCGAGGUGGUGGAGUUGCCCUUUACAUGAGGGAGCAACUAGAAUGUAUUGAGUUCUGUACAGGGGCGGAUGAGGAGCGAUUUGCGCAUUUGCGGCCUACAGAGUGUUUUCUAAGUCAGCCUGAAGAAAAACAAGAGAGCACUGUAAAGGCAAAGAGGAGAAAGAAGAAGAAAAUUUCGGCUAUUCUGGAAAAAUCCACUCCAAAACCUGGUGUUCCCGCAGAUCUACAAAAUCUGCUUAGUCAACAUUUUGGUGAAAACCGUUCAGUGAUUGAAAUAGAAGAAUUAAAGCUGUCAGAUUCCUGUUUUUUGCCAGCCAAUGAUCUCACUCACAGCUUUUCUUCAUACCUGAAGGAAAUCUGUCCUAAGUGGGCAAAACUCCGUAAAAACCACAAGGAGAAGAAGUCCGUGGUGAUGCUGGUUAUCUGCAGUUCUGCCCUUCGUUCCUUGGAACUCAUCAAGUCAAUGACAGCAUUUAAAGGAGACUGCAGAGUUCUCAAGUUGUUUGCAAAGCACAUAAAGAUAAAAGAACAGAUUAAUAUGUUGGAGAAAGGUGUAUUCCACAUCGGUGUUGGAACUCCUGGGAGAGUAAAAGCGCUGGUGGAGCAAGAUGGCCUGUGCUUGAACUCCACAAAAUACAUGAUUCUGGAUUGGAACUGGAGAGAUCAGAAACUAAGGAGAAUGAUGGAUAUCCCUGAGAUAAAGAAAGAAACAACUGACCUACUGGAGAUGAGUAUUAUAAAGCUGUGCAGAGAAGGGUCUCUGAAGCUGGGACUCUUCUAA